AUGAAGAGGAGGAUAGGUAGUGUAAAUGCUCUGCACCAGCAGAGCACAUCAGUUCAGAUAAAGUUUGACAGAACGGAUUUGCUGCGAGUUCAAAUCCCUCAUGAAGAUCCUCUAGUCAUUAGCUUGACAGUGGCAGAAUGCUUGGUGCGAAGAGUUUUAAUCGAUCUAGGGAGCAACGCGAAUGUCAUGCCAAGAAUAACGUUUGACCGGCUCGAGAUCAAGCCAGAAAAGCUCAAACCCAUUGGAAAUCCCUUGUUAGGAUUCAAUGGGAAGCAAGUGGAACCUAUUGGGUGGAUUCACAAGGUCCAGGGUGUCCCGUCGACUCUGCACCAGGUGAUGAGAUGCUUGAGUUCGGAUGGGAGCAAGGUGAUUGAUAUCCAUGGGGACCAGGUCUCAGCCAAUGAGUGUUACUCUGUAACGCUGAAAGCUGCUGGGAAGGGAAAAGCUCCAACCCGAUCUGAUAGCCCAAGAUAG